AUUUAAUCAGAUUGGGCUUCAAAAUCGUGAAUCCACAAAGAAACGAAUGGCGACAUCUCGAGUAACUAAAAGGCCCGAUUUCGUCUUAGUAGUAAAAGAGAAAAACUUACCCUUUCUCGAACAAUAUUUCAACAACCUUAGAGCGUUAGGUCUUGAUUUUGCCAAUGAACCCGGACAGACAGUUGACCUCAUCUUUAUCAAAGUAUUUAUUUCGAAAGAAGCCCUAGCUCAUUUUUCUGAACUGUAUGAAAUUGGACGUGGAGAAUCUCGAGUUACGACUGUGUUUUACACUGAAGUAAUAUUCCGCCAUAUUUUCCCAACUCCUUUAUCGGACAUGCCUCUAGACAAUAGCUUAGAACGAACAGAAGCUGACAACAUAAUGAUCGUCGACAAGGUUUUACAAAAUGCAAGAUACGGAUCAAAAGAUACAGAGUUUGGUUUAUCCAACUUAAUUUCAAUGGGAAUUGUAGAAACUGGAUAUCCAUUACAUGAUGGCUCAAUAGAACAAGAUGGAAUGAAUAUUAGAUCUAAGCUUUAUCGCCACUGGUCGAAUCUAAGGGUGACUCACAUGGAACAACCGCUGGAUUUAAUUUUCCGUUAUUUCGGAAACGAAGUAGCAUUUUAUUUUGCAUGGUUCGACUAUUUCAACAUUAUGCUUGUACUUCCAUCGAUUCUUGGUGCUCUUGUAGUUUUAGCUGGUCUAAUAUAUGUGGCUCUUGCUAACCCGGCAGAAGUGAGAGAAAUCUGCGAAACUUCUGAAGUGUUAUGCCCCGUUUGCGAAGGAUGGCCUGGUUGUCGUUACAAAGAGAUUCAAAAAUUCUGCGCUCUGGCACAUUGGUCUUAUGUUUUCGACAAUAAUUUUACUAUAGCGUUUGCUGUUUUUAUGACAUUCUGGUGUACCUUAUUCAUUACAUUAUGGAGGCGGAAGGAGAACACGUUGAUGAUGAGAUGGAAUUGUGAAAACGUUGUAGAAGAAACCCAGAUAAGGCAAGCUUACUUGGCCAGUACGACUCACCAACGACCGAAUGGCAUAACCGGAGAAAUGGAACCGUAUGUUCCGAAAAUCUGCAUUGUACUCAAAUAUUCAGUUACUAUUGCAGCUUGUACAAUUCUACUCGCAAUAAUUUUAUUGGCAGUAAUAAUAGUAAUGGUUUUGAAAAUAUUAUUUACUGAAAUGUGCCAAGCUUCAGAAAAUCUAUACUUAAGGUCCCAUAGUAGGUUGUUGACAAUGAUUUUAGGUUCAGCAGUGCAAGUUACUGUUAUUAAGAUUUUCCAACUGCUUUACAGGCCAGCAUCGAUCAGAUUGACCGAAUUCGAAAAUCCGAGGACUCAAGUUGAUUUCGAUAAUUCCGUUUUGUACAAAAAAUAUUUAUUGAGCUUCAUGAAUAAUUAUAUUCCAGUGAUAUACCUGGCAUUUGUCAAGGGAAAAGUUACAACUUUACCACAUCAUAUGAAUUUUCUGACCAAAGAUAGUUGUCAGCCUAUUAAUUGUGUGGUAUCUCUGUGCAUUCAAUUGACGUUUAUUAUGACCGUAAAAACUUUUUUGGGAAAUGUUUUUAAUGUGGUUUUUACAAAAGCUAAACUAUGUUUGAGAUUCUUUUCAAAGAGGUAUGCAAAAAGACAUGAUAGGUAUCACCCUUCAAGAGAAGAUUUACCGCAAUGGGAAAAAGAAUAUUAUUUGGAACCACUGACCAGAUAUUUUGUGUUAUCAGAAUUUUCGGAAAUGGGUAUAAAAUAUCACGAUAUAUAUUGGGUUGGUUUUCUUUGCUUUCCGAGUCACACUGAUGAGAUCUAAUAAGAUCGAAACGCGUAUCUGGAUGGAAAAGGGAGGAAAAUUAACCCACAUUUUUAUAAAAUAUUACUUGCCUUUGUAAAACAUAUAUUUCUUGAUUUC